CAGAUCUGGAUUGGGUUACUGCGACGGAGGACAACGGACAGAGUGAAAACUGGGAAUCUGUCCACUGUACACUUUCCAUUUCUCAAAAUUAUGUAACAUUCCACAUAGUUAGAAAAUGAAAGCUUUGCAAACAUAUGCCACUUUAUUUCUAAUAAAGAAGGAUGAUAGCGUUAUAGCCUGAUAGCGUGACAUAUCUGAUCAACUGUCUUUCUUCCGGCCGUCUGAACUGAGCCAUGAUCACUGUGCUCACGCAAUUAGAGUUCACUUCUCCGGCCGUCUGAAAGUUUUAAUGCAGUCAUUCCGUGUCCAGCCUUCUUCAGUUCUAUGAUGUUGUUCCGUCCCUUGCAAUUGUAAAAUUGUAUUCUUUAGUCUAUGUAUUGAUCAAAAAUCUGUUCGUGACGUUUAACCUUAAACGGAACGCCCCCACAGACUCCCAGGUACUGUUUUGCUUCACCUCUCAGGUGGUAUUAGGAGGCACCCCUCCCUCCUGAUACCGACACUUUCGGUUGUCGCUUUGGUGCCCGUAUUUCAGUACCGGGCUCCGCUGUACCUAGCCGCAGAUACCGAAACACUGAAGCUCCGAAUAAAGCCUGUAAAGAAAAGAGAAGAGAUGGCUGUUGCUGAAGAGAACUAGCAAAUGAAACGAUCAACUGUUGCAGAGAGAAUCUCGUUUAUUUUCAACAACGAGCUAUUGAGCGAUGUGAACUUUGUUGUUCCGUGUCGAGUGGCAAAACCGAAAUUAAGAAGAUGAUACCAGCUCACAAGUUUGUGCUUGCAAUCAGCAGUCCUGUGUUCUAUCCCAUGUUUUAUGGCCAAAUGGCGGGGACUAAAAACUCUAUUGAACGGUCGGACUGUGAGUACGAGAGCCUGUUUGAGCUGUUUCGUUUCUUGUACACUGACAAAGUGAAUUUGAACGGAAGGAAUGUGAUGCAAGUGCUGUACUUGGCGGAGAAAUACAUGGUCCCUUCACUCGCGGAGAAAUGCUCAGAAUAUCUGCGAGAUAACCUAGAGGCCUCUAACGUGUUUGCAUUCUACUGCAUGCUCAGAAAUAUGAAGAUAAAGAUUUGGAAGAUCGAUGCUGGAAAGUAAUUGAAAUGAAGACGGAAGAAGCUGUGACGUCAGAUGAGUUUGUCACACUUGAGCUAUCUAUUGUUGAGUCCUUGGUAAAGAGAGAGAAGUUGAACGUAAAGGAAGUGGAAAUGUUUAAAGCUGUGAAUCGCUGGGCCACUAAGGAAAGUGAAAGACAAGGAAAAAGUCCUGAUGGCGAGGUAAAGAGACGAAUUCUGGGUGAAGAAAUCGUGAAAGCGAUCCGGUUUCCAUCGAUAUCACAGAAGGAGUUUCGCUCUGAUGUAUUUGAUUCUUACAUUCUUACUAUUCAAGAGGUUGGCGACCUGAUGAAACACUUCAGUGGUGUGCUAACAUCUCCUCUACCAUUCAUCCAGGCCAAAAGGAUUACGAAUUCGAAAUUUCAUCGAUUUCAAAGAUUUAGGCUGUUCAAUUCUAAUUCGCUCGGUUGGACCUACCGUAGCUCAUCAAAAGACAGUAUUGGUUUCACUGUCAACAAACCGAUCAACCUCCACGGAGUUCGGCUGUUUGGGGCUGAAGGCGGCGAGUACUCUAUCGACGCGGACGUCAAAGACACCACGGAUGGCUCUUCUGUUAUAAAACAAUCAGGAUCAUACUCAGCCUGCAUAAAACUCGAGACUAAUUGCUAUUAUGGCUUUGAUGUAUUGCUUGAUAAUCCAGUUUGUCUAGUAGAAGGUAGGGUGUACGAGAUAGAGGCAUUUAUGGAUGGUCCGACAUCAUGGUACGGAGCAGGAGGGCAAACGGAUGUUGAGUGCGAAGGAGUAAAAUUCGCGUUUAUUCACGCAAAGUCUAGCUCCAAUGGAACCUCUGUAACAAGAGGCCAACUUCCAGUUUUUGUUUUCAGCAAAGUUUUGUAGUUCAAUCAGUCUUCGAGAAUCUUUUUAAAAUUGGUUACCUUUUGACGAAGCUUCCCAGACUAGUGCAAAAAUAUCUGGGCAUUCCUUUGUUAGCUUGAUCUACUUGGCUUAGGCCGGGCCUAAAGACGCUGUCACUGAUCGGAUACACUGUACUUCAUUAUAUCAGUUCACGGCUGUUUUAAUUCAGCAAAGAUAUUUUGAUUAAUUUAAAGAAUUUACACAACUUGAGGCAACUAUAAAGCAGGUCUGGGACACGUACAUUUGUGGAAGCAUGGCCAGAUGCGUGUUUGCCUUUUUAGAGUAAUUGUGCAGACAUUAACUCCACAAAUGAUCAUGAACGUAAAAUAUUAAGAUAAAUAAGGAAAAUUUUUAAAUACAAACUUUAAAGCGCUGAUGUCUAUGUGAAUGUACACAUACCUACCAACUUUUACUGAUCAAAAGCGGGAAAGGUUUAUCUCUGGAAUGGGAGUGCCAGGAUGUUCAAGAUGACCCGAAGACGUCCGAAGAUUGCCGUUGACGUCCCGAAGACAUUCCGAACAUUUCACUUUCCCAGCUCCAGGUCGUUUCUAGUACUUUUUCUUUCUACAAUUGAAUAAACUCUGUUUAAAUGGACUGGGUUUUUUUCAGUUCCAGUUCAGGUAUAUUUUUCAACGAUGGGUUAGAAGGCUGUAAUGCCAACCAAAUAAGACUUAAUUAAUAAAUUGUACUGCUAUUUGAGUUAUAAAAA